GAGCCGAGCUGUGCCGGGCUGAACUGAGCUGGGCUGUACCGGGCGGAGCUCAGCUGAGCCGAGCUGUGCCGGGCUGAACUGAGCUGGGCUGUGCCGGGCGGAGCUCAGCUCUGCCGGGCUGAACCGAGCCGGGCUGUGCCGGGUGGAGCUCAGCUGAGCUGGGCUGAACCAAGCCAGGCAGAGCAGAGCUGGGCUGUGCCGGGAGGAACCGGACUUAAACCAAGCCGAGCUGAACUGAGCCGAACCGGAUUGAGCCGAGCCGCGCUGCGCGGGCAGCAGGAAGGAAGGAGAAGAUCUCAUCAUAUCCAGGAUACAAGUGGAACAACAACCUGCUGCAACCUGGCCAUGCGCUGAUGAAAAGUUGUUCUGGGUUUUGUAGCAGCCCCAGACUUUUGUACGAGGGGCUGAUGGAAACUCAUUGCUCCACACUGCUGGGGAGGAGAGAAGACACUCAAGCAAAAGGGCUCCUCUUGGUUCCUCAAGUUUUCCUCUCUCCUUGAUGGUCUUGCUUCCUGUGUCCUUGAACAGAGAGGCAGGUUUUGAAGUCAGCCUGGCCAGAGGAACAGUUAUUUCUUCAGCUGAGAAAAACCUUUCCAUGCUGUCCACAACAGUGAUGAAAAGAGAAGCCCCUCUUAGAGACUGAACUUAUCUGUCAGAAGAAUACCAUUUACAGGACUUGUCAUGUCUCCCUUCCUGCGUAUUGGUUUGUCCAACUAUGACAGUGGCCCUUACCUGCCGUCCCAAGGGGAGGUGAUUAACCCCUACUGUGCUGUGAUGGUUAAAGAAGCCGUGGAGUCAGAGAAUGGCCAAGUGUACGUGCAGAAGAAGCCCACCAUGUACCCACCGUGGAACAGCACUUUUGAUGCCCACAUUAACAAUGGCCGGGUCAUGCACAUCGUGGUCAAGGACAAAAGUGCUGAAAUGGUCUCGGAGACAACAGUGGAGCUCAAGGUGCUGGCAGAGAGGUGCAAAAAGAGCAAUGGGAAGACAGAGAUAUGGCUAGAACUGAAGCCUCAAGGGCGAAUGCUGAUGAAUGCAAGAUACUUCCUGGAAAUAAGUGAUGCAAAGGACCUGGCUGACUGCGAGACUGAAGGCUUCUUCUCCUUGCACCAGCGCAGGGGAGCCAUCAAACAGGCCAAAAUCCACAACGUCAAGUGUCAUGAGUUUACAGCCACCUUCUUUCCACAACCCACUUUCUGCUCUGUGUGCCACGAGUUUGUGUGGGGUCUGAAUAAACAAGGCUAUCAAUGCAGACAAUGUAACGCUGCCAUUCAUAAGAAGUGCAUUGACAAAGUAAUAGCCAAGUGUACAGGAUCAGCAAUCAAUAGCAGAGAAACAAUGUUCCACAAGGAGAGGUUCAAGAUAGACAUGCCUCACCGCUUCAAAGUCUACAACUACAAGAGCCCCACCUUCUGUGAGCACUGUGGCACCCUCCUCUGGGGCCUGGCACGGCAGGGGCUGAAGUGUGAUGAGUGUGGCAUGAAUGUCCACCACAAAUGCCAGACAAAAGUAGCAAAUCUUUGUGGAGUGAACCAGAAACUAAUGGCUGAAGCUCUGGCAAUGAUAGAGAGCACUCAGCAGGCUCGCUGCCAGCGUGACAGUGAACAGAUCUCCAGGGAUGGACCUCUGGAAAUCGGCUUCCCUGUCCCUGUGAAGGAUGUGACACCACUUCAGGCCUUGCCAGCAUCCACAAAAAAAGAGCCACAAGGCAUCUCUUGGGAGACUCCAGUGGAGGGCACAGUGAAGGGGGAGUCUCUCAUAGAGUCAGACUUGGGAGGACAGUCCCAGGAACAGCAGGAGCACCAAGUGCAGUUAAAACUGACCAUUGAAGAUUUUGUCCUACACAAGAUGCUGGGGAAGGGCAGUUUUGGCAAGGUGUUCCUGGCCGAGCUGAAGAGCACAGACCAGUAUUUUGCUGUGAAAGCCCUGAAGAAGGACGUGGUGCUGAUGGAUGAUGAUGUUGAGUGUACAAUGGUGGAGAAGAGAGUCCUCUCCUUGGCUUGGGAGCAUCCAUUCCUCACUCAUGUCUUCUGCACGUUCCAGACCAAGGAAAACCUCUUUUUUGUGAUGGAAUACCUCAAUGGAGGAGACCUCAUGUUCCAUAUCCAGAGCUGCCAUAAGUUCGACCUUCCCAGAGCAACGUUUUAUGCUGCUGAAAUCAUUUGUGGUCUCCAGUUCCUCCAUUCCAAGGGCAUAAUAUACAGAGACUUGAAGCUGGACAAUGUCCUCCUGGACAAUGAGGGGCACAUCAAAAUUGCUGACUUUGGGAUGUGCAAGGAGAACAUGUUUGGAGAUGCAAAGACAAGCACUUUCUGUGGGACUCCUGACUAUAUUGCCCCUGAGAUACUGCUGGGGCAGAAGUACAACACCUCCGUUGACUGGUGGUCCUUUGGUGUCCUCCUGUAUGAGAUGCUCAUUGGCCAAUCCCCUUUCCACGGCCAAGAUGAGGAGGAGCUUUUCCAGUCCAUCCGUAUGGAUAACCCCUUCUACCCUCGCUGGCUGAACAAGGAUGCAAAGGACAUUUUGGUGAAGCUUUUUGUAAGAGAGCCUGAGAGGAGACUGGGAGCAAGAGGGAACAUCCGCCAGCACGCCUUUUUCCAGGAAAUCAACUGGGAAGCUUUAGAAGAGAGAAGGAUGGAGCCUCCUUUCAAACCAAGAGUGAAAUCUCCAAGUGACUGUAGCAACUUCGACAAGGAAUUCCUAAAUGAAAAACCCAGACUGUCCUGUGCUGACAAAGCACUGAUUAACAGCAUGGACCAAAAUAUGUUCAGCAACUUCUCUUUUGUGAAUCCUAAAAUGGAGAAAAUAUUUUCCUGAGAUCUGCCUUACUGAAGGAAUUCUCUGUAAUGAUUUCAGUAGCACUUUGUCAACUGAAGACUGUGCAUGGUUAUUUUUAUCAAGAACCCUCCAGAAAGAAAGCACCUCAGUGAAAGUUUGUACCAUGCCUGGAGGCUUCUGACUUAUUCCAGUCAAUAGCAGAAGCCAGCCCACUCCUCAUUGAUGAUAAAGUUUCUUUGUGGCAUCUUU